AUGGAAAACAAUGUUGAUACCAAGAUAGAAAACAAGGGGGAAAGAAACUCAGUAAAGCAGAAUCUGCUGAUCAAAACUGGGAAGAGGCUCUACAGAGGUGCUGGGUACCUCACUGGAGACAUGAAGGAAUUUGGAGCCUGGCUAAAAGAUAAAACUCUCAUGAUCCAGUUUGUUGACUGGGUGCUGCGUGGGAUAUCCCAGGUGAUGUUUGUUAACAACCCUAUGAGUGGGAUCAUCAUCAUUGCUGGCUUCCUGAUGCAGAAUCCAUGGUGGACACUCACAGGCUGUUUAGGAACUGUUGUCUCCACUUUAACAGCACUUAUUCUGGGUCAGGAUAGAUCAGCCAUAGCAGCAGGCCUGUAUGGCCAUAAUGGGCUCUUGGUGGGGUUGCUCAUGGCUGUCUUCUCUGAUAAGGGAGACUACCACUGGUGGCUUCUACUGCCUGUAGCACUGGUGUCUAUGACAUGCCCUGUUUUCACCAGCGCUUUAGGGUCAGUCUUCUCUAAGUGGGAUCUGCCUGUUCUCACCUUGCCUUUCAACUUGGCCUUGACUCUCUACCUGGCUGCAUCAGGACCACAUAACCUGUUCUUCCCUACAAUUAUCAUUCAGCCUGCAACAGCAACACCAAACAUCACCUGGACAGAUGCUGAACUGCCAAUGCUCCUGCAAUCCAUUCCAGUUGGAGUGGGUCAGGUUUAUGGCUGUGAUAACCCCUGGACUGGGGGAAUCUUCCUGAUUGCUUUAUUAAUCUCUUCUCCUCUUACUUGUCUGCAUGCAGCAAUUGGAUCAGCAGUGGGGAUGCUGGCAGCAUUGAGCUUAGCAACACCUUUUAGCAAAAUCUACUCUGGCUUGUGGGGCUACAACAGCUCCCUCUCAUGCAUUGCCAUAGGCGGCAUGUUCUACGCUUUCACCUGGCAGACACAUUUGCUGGCAAUUGCCUGUGCGCUCUUCACUGCCUACCUAGGAGCAGCCGUAACUAACAUGUUGUCUGUGUUUGGGGUACCGUCAGGAACCUGGGCUUUUUGCUUGUCUGCACUGAUCUUCCUGUUAAUAAGCACAAACAACUCUGCCAUCUACAAGCUGCCACUCUCCAAAGUCACCUAUCCUGAAGCCAAUCGAAUUUAUUACCUGAAGAUGAAGAAACAUCAGAGAUCUUGCUGUAAUGUAUAA